GAUACUUGAUAUGCUACAAGCCUACAACCAAGCCACACCAAGGUUUCGGAGUGGAAGAGAUAGCCAGUGAUGGAGAAUUCAGCAGAAGGCCAGGCAUUCAAAGGUGGUAGUAAAGAGCAAGAGCUCUUCUCGUAUGCUAUGCAACUGGCGAACUCAUCUGCACUCCCCAUGGCUUUGAAGACAGCUAUAGAACUGGACAUUUUUGAGAUCAUGUCCAAGGCAGGUGAAGGUGCUAAACUAUCACCUUCAGAGAUAGCUUCACAAAUGCCUACCAAGAACCCAGAUGCACCACUGAUGCUUGACAAAAUUCUCAUGCUUCUGGCAACUCACUCUGUGUUUACUUGCUCCGUGGUUAAUGAUGAUGACCAUGGUUCCUCUCCUCAGAGACUCUAUAGCUUGACGCCUGUGGCUAAAUUUUUUGUCUGCAAUGAAGAUGGUGUCUCAUUAGGUCCUUUGACGUCUUUGAUUCAAGGAAAGGUUUUCUUGGAUACCUGGUCCCAACUGAAAGGUGCAAUUCUUGAAGGAGGAAUUCCGUUCAACAGAGUUCAUGGGACAAAUUCCUUUGAAUAUGCAGGCAAGGACCUUGAAUUUAAUCAAAUGUUCAACACAGCAAUGUUCAAUGAGACAACCAUUGUUGUAAAGAAUAUCCUGGAGUUCUACAAAGGAUUUGAGCAGCUCAAGAAGUUGGUUGAUGUUGGUGGUGGUUUAGGAGUCAACCUAAGCUUGAUCACCUCCAAAUACCCUUCUAUUCAUGGUAUCAAUUUUGACUUGCCUCAUGUCAUAAAGCAUGCUCCAUCCUAUCCCGGUGUGGAGCAAGUAGGAGGAGAUAUGUUUGAAAGUGUUCCAAAGGGAGAUGCCAUUUUCAUGAAGCUCAUACUGCAUGACUGGAGCGACGAUCAUUGCUUGAAGCUGUUGAAGAACUGCUACAAUGCAAUUCCAGAUGAUGGAAAACUAAUAGUUGUAGACACAAUUCUUCCAGCCGUGCCUAACACUAGUACUGAAGUGAAAGCCGUCUCCCAAAUGGAUGUGAUUAUGAUGACUGUUAACCCAGGAGGAAAGGAGCGCACGAGACAAGAAUUCACGGCUUUGGCAACCAGAGCUGGAUUUAGUGGCAUCAGAUUUGAGUGUUUUGUCUGCAACUUUUGGGUUAUGGAGUUUUAUAAGUAGAUGGUGUGCCUUGCAUAAUUUUUCUUGUAAUUGUGUCUUCUGCUAAAGACAUUAAAAUAAGCAUUUGAAGAAUGUUGUCAAAGUGAAAAUUUUCUUUUUAAAGUCUACCUU